AAACCAUCUCGCUCUCAGCGAUACGACGAAUCCCUUUAUUUCGAACCAGAGCCGCCUCCCCGCUAUUUAUAACCUCCUUCCCGGGCAAGCCGCAGGUUAAACACACGCACACCCACAGAGAGAGGCGAUCAGGGCUUCACCGCCUUUCCAAAGGGGGAAGAAUUUGGAGGGAGACGAGACGAACCGAUCCAAUCGCCGUUGAUCUGGCGAUCGGACUGUCAGAUAUCUUCCAGUUCUUGGAAUCGUCGCCGCCUUCUUCAUGGUUUCUUGAUCCGAUCUCCAGAUGUCCUUUGCAAGACAGUUAUAUCGGUACUGGUGAUCUCAUUACCAAGGGCAGCCUCUCUAUAAGCGGAAGGGUAAUUUGGUCAUUUCAGAUGCUUGUUAUGAAACUCGUCCUAGGCGGAUAUAUAGAGGGCGUGAACGUGAUUUGAAGCGUCCCGCGGGGGAGAAUAGAGUCGAUGACGGAGAGGAUCGUCUACAUGAACGUGGGCAGCAGCACCGGCAUCGAUCAGACGCCCAGCAGUGGCGGGUCCGGAUCUUGGCAUAGCUUCUCCCCAUUGAACUCAUCUGCCACCCGGCUCCGGCGUUUCUCCUCCCCCACCGCGAACGCAUUCCUCACCCCGGCCUUUAACGCCUGCGCAGCGAACCCCAAGUCAACCGGCUCCCCCGACGUCGACCCCUCCCUCCUACGCUACACCCGCCCCCGCCUCCCCCUCUCCGCCUCCUCCUCCUCCGCCUCCAACUCCCCCGACCCCCACUCGACGGCCCGGAAGCGCCUCCACCGCCUCCUCUACCUCCGCUCCUCCCUCAGCACACUCUCGUCGUCAUCGCCGCUCUCCCCCAUCCAGAACCUCCCGGCGGCAACCGCGAGAUCGCCGACGCUGUACAAGACGCCGGUGAAGGUGGAGAUGGAGGAGGACGUGCUGGUCAUGGACGGGGUCCUGGUGCCCGAUUCUGAAUCGGGCCGGCCGAGGUCGUCGGUCUCCGAGUUUGGUUCGACCGGGUCGCCAUCGUCCUCGUCUUCGGCCAAUAACGGCGGCAGCAGUAGUCUCUACAAGACGGAGAUCUGCCGGUCUUGGGAGGAAUUGGGGUUCUGCCGUUAUGGUUCCAAGUGCCAGUAUGCUCACGGGAAGGAGGAACUGCGCGGCACUCGCAAUAUGAGGCAAAGAUCAGAGGCGGGCGGGCAGAGCGGUAGAUCGGUGGCAAUUGCUGGGUCGUACGUGUACCGGAACCGAUUCCGCUAUCCCCCCUCGGCGUCUUCGUCGUCAGCGUCGGCCGUGGGUUGGACCACCGGAGCCAUUGUUGCGCCCGCGGCCAAGGCCACCACCAUGACGGCGGAGGUGGGCUCCACGGGCGUAGCGGCUUCUACUGUCUCACCACGGCGAUCAUCAUCAGAGCCAUCGUUUAUCUGGCCACCGACCCCAGAGGAGGAGGCGUACAUAAACCAGGUGCUCUACGGCCCCAGCCAGCGUCGGAGGCUGCCGGUCUUCCGUGAGAUCUGCCCAGAAUGAGCGAUGAUUUGCCGCGCCCCUCCAUAUGUUUGCUGCCGUGAUUUGUCUCUAGUCUCUCUGAGUCUCUUCUCCUCGUAUACGCCUGGGAUGUGGUGGUAAAAUACGCACCAUCAAAAACCGAGAAACUUUUUUACUGCUGUUUAGCACAGUAGGUUACUCUCUUUUUUUCUCGUUUUAUUUCUUCAUACUGGAGGAAAGAAUACAGCAGAUUACUGGAUCUUCUGACUUUUUCCAUGAAAUUGUGCCCCUUCAUAGCGGGCUGAGUUCUAU